GGCAAGACAUCAAAAAUUAUUUCAGCUACAGACGGGCUGCAUCCUUACCACCGAAGCUAAUUGAUUAUACAUUUUGUCGAACGACCAAGCGAACGGUAGGGCUGGGGAAAGAUGACAAUACAACAGUUUCUUGCGGACUAAGUGAGUUCAGAGUUGGAGAAUGACUUGACCGAAACUCGAAGCUGAAAAAGUAGCGAAACACAAUUCAAAAUUCUUUCUUCUAGUUUGUGAAAUAAUUUUUUCAAACUGACAACCCCCAAUGGCGUCUAGCAGAGUUACUGGACCAAGCAAAACAAACGCUAGCAGCGGAAGCUCGCCCGCAGUCGUCGCCUCGCAUAGCUCUCACCAGCAGUUUGUAAACGUGUUCCGGCAUUGUCAAGUGGAGCAAUGGAAGAGGAGUUCGAAAGUCGGUGAUGUGACACAGCUAAUGGACAAGACCGUGAAGAGCACAGUGCAUCGAAUAGCCGGCGCCGUGCCUGCUGCAAACUACAUCCAGGUGCCGCGCACCUCCUCCCAGAGCCUGGCUCUCACUGGACGCUAUCUCUACGUGCUAUUCCGCCCAUUGCCCAAUCGCUUCUUUGUCAUACAUGUUGAUCUGGUAGUUGCACAGGAGCAGAUUGCUGUGAGAGUGUCACUGGGAAAUGUCUUCCGUGCUUUCAAAGCUACCCACACGUGGCUUCAACUGCCGAUUUCCUGCGCUGGGGCUCAUGUGUCUCCAGAUAAAAUUACAAGUGCAUCUAAUGCAGCACCAGCAAACCCCACACGCUGGACGUUGAUGUGCGUGGACUGCCAGCAGCUGUUGCAGACCUAUUUGAACAGGCAGUUCAGCCAUGUCAAGUCCAUACGCAUCUGUGCCAAUCAGCUGGUGAAGAACUUCUUCAGCAGCGACUUUGACUAUGACCAUCUGGCGCUGAAAUCUCACAGUGUAUCUAGGAAGCUGCGGCAGGCGGGUGAACGCAUGCCACUGCCAAGAGAGAUGUCCUUCUUCUUGAAGAGUGGUGAUACGUGGAACAAGCACUACGACUACGUGAGAAUACCGGACUUGAUCCAAGAUACACCUGCAGUGCAGCCACAACCCGGCAAGCUGAAAUCAAUACUGCCCGAGGAAGUGCUCGACAUUAUGGACGCCAGAGGCACAAGGCCAGUGGGAGUUUCAACUACCGCCGAUGUAAGAGUGUUUGCAGAGGAUGGAGCCAAGCCUCAUGUAACAGUUCAUAGACACGAGUCAAAGCAAGCCAAGGAGACAACAGGUCAUGAUGAAGUUCCUGCCCGAAAACAGCCAACGGCCCUGAAGUGUUUGGAACCAGAUCCCAUUCUUCACUUGAAGAAAGUUGUUGGCUUUGGCGGAGGAACAAAUCAAGAGGUGUGUUGGAGUAAAGAUGGUGUACAUGUAUACUACCCGUGUCAUGCGGUAGUUGUCGUCUUGGAUAUCAGCACGCAACAGCAGUAUCAUCUCGUUGGACAUUCGGACAAGAUAUCGUGCAUGGCCAUCAAUUACGCUACAACCAUAUUGGCUACCGGCCAACAGGGUCCAAUGCCUGCUGUACGAUUGUGGGACCUAGCCAGCCAGCAGUGCAAAGCUGUGUUCAAGGCCCACCACUGCGGCUUACACUCGCUUAGCAUGUCCUACAACGGUGGCAUGCUGUGUGGUGUCGGGAGAGAUGCACAUCAUAAACAGAUGGUAGUGGUGUGGAACACGGAACAAGCCAGUGUGGAUGGACGGACCGAAGUGAUUGCUCAGACAAGCACGGACUUUGACAUACGGCGCAUGAAGAUCGCCGCGUUUGACGACACCAGAAUGGUAUCUUGUGGCCGUGAAAACAUUCGGUUCUGGCGAGUACGUAACGGAGAGCUUCGCUCGGCACCUGUAAACCUCGGUUCACACCACGGCGUCGUGGUGAAUGAUGUUGAGUUUGAAGGCGUAACGGGACGAUGCCUUGAUGAUCCCUGCCAGCAGAAAAUAUUUGCCUGCACCAGUACCGGAUUAGUCCUGCAGAUCAACUAUCGUCAGUUGAAAGUCGAACGCGUUUUCCAAGUGUCGUCACCUGCGACAGGACCAGCGGCGGCGGGUCCCAACUCUGGAAUUCUCUCCAUCUGUGUCAAUCAAGCCUUUGCCGCCACAGGCUCGGCUGAUGGAUUUCUUCGGCUAUGGCCGCUGGACUUCUCUCAUGUCUUCUUGGAGGCAGAACAUGAAGCAUCUGUGUCGGCCUUGUCAAUCUCUGCCGAUGGCCUGAAAGUGGUGUGUGGAACAACAGGAUGUCAGCUGGGUAUUAUCAAUGUGGAGAGCAGAACCUACAAGACUCUGACGAGAGCCAACACCGACUCGAUACAGAGCGCUGCGUUGAGUCUGGAUGGAAAGUGGCUUGCCACUGGAUCACGGGAUGGCGUUGUGUGUGUCUGGGACGCCAGAUCACUGCAGCAGCUUUACACGUUCCUAGCACCUAUGGAUAUGCCCUUGAAGGUGGCAUUCCACCCGAGACACCAGUGCAUUGCUGUUGGUUAUCGAUCUGGCUUUCUGAGACUCUACCACACCAAGGCUACGUCGGUAGUGGCCGAGCACAGAUGUAACUCUUCUCCAGUCACCGGGGUGGUGUUUGUGCCGAGUGGUCGUCGCUUGAUAGUGUCACACCAAGAUGGAACUCUAGCAUUGCUGGACUGUGAACUUCAAACGCUGAAAGUACUAAGAGUACUUGGAAAUACCACUGCUAAGCUGCCAGCCGAAACCACCACCAGCAGCAACAGCAGCCCCGUCGGUGGCGAUGUUGCCUGGGAAGCUCUAUCGCUCAGUGGAGAUGGAAGACACGUUGCUUUUGUGGGACCUUCGGUGCACAUAGUGACAACGGUGGACGCUCUAACUCUAGAUGAGGUGAUGCAUGUUGACAUCAGCAGUAUAACGGCUGGAUCUCGUCCUGCUGAUGCACUGGAUUCAGCUGUCUAUGUGAUGUACGCUGCACAUUGCACUGGUCAUCUGCUGGUCUAUACAACCAGGAAGAGAUUGCUACGGCUGUCAGCCAGUACUGGACAACUCCUCAGCGAGAUGUCCAGUCUGCACCAGGGUAGCUGCUCUGCACUAGCGGUGUUCCACAAUGCACAGCUGUUGGUGACGGCAGGUGAUAGGCAGCUGCGUGUUUGGGACUACAACAUGAGACUGGAUGUCAACUACCAGUCGUUUCUAGGUCAUUCAGAAGACACUACCAAACUGCUGAUUGCUGCAGACAACAAGACGUUGUAUACCUGUGGUGAUUCGGUGUUUCUCUGGGAAUCUCAGGCUCGCCAGCCUGCUUUGUGUGCAAGUGAUGGUCUGCAGCAUGGACGAGCAAUGUUUACUGGUCCUGAGCACCCCAGAAAACCACUAUCACCUCAGCCACUGCCUGCGAGCGUUGAAACUCUUGCUGAUCAGCUUGAGACGUCCACGAUAGGUGAGGAGGACACUGCUACGGACGGCUCCCAGCCAGUACCUAUUGUUCACUGCAAACUGAAUGAAGAACCUCCAGCCACGAAUGCAAGGGGACAGCAUGCUGAUGAAAUACACGGCGCCAGCUGCUCUGAGUCGGAUUCACGUGACAGUGGUGAUGGUGUUAGUUCCAGUGACGAGGCGAGCAGUGAGUGUGACAGUGACUUUCCAGUUCCUGUACAGAUGAUGGAACGCAAGAAAAAAUCUGACCAACGGCUGCGCCCACCAUCUGUUGUGAAACACUUUGUACACAAGCCUGCAGCUCAUGUGUCUCCCACUGAGAAGCCAUUCUUGCCGGCUGGUUCACAUGAAGCACUCUCACUGCAGCAUGUGAUUGGCUUCAACAGUAGUGGCCGAGGUAACUUGCUAUGGAACCCAACUGCAGGUCAGAUAGCAUAUUCUGUCGACUCUGUUGUGAUAUUGGAGGACCUGUCCGAUGGCAGUCAGCAAUUCCUAAGAGGCCACUUGACCGAAGUGUCCACUAUGUGCUUACGACACGAUGGCAAGGUUUUGGUAUCGGCCAGCGGAGCAAGUGGCUUGGAGAACAGCCGACUGUGUCUGUGGAACACAGCAACAUUUCAGUGUACUAAGAUCUUGGCGUUACACGAGCGGAACAUCCAAGCUGUUCGCUAUUCCCCCGAUGACUCUAUGCUAGUUAGUUUAGGUUGCUACGAAGAGCCGUUGGUAGUAAUCUGGGAGACACAGAAGUACACUCCGCUGACCACAGCAAACCUUGGCAUAUCCAUGCAUGACAUUGUUUGGGAUCCGUUUCGUCCUGGAGAGCUGGUGUCAGUGGGCGAUCAGGGGCAGGUACAUUUCUGGAUGAUUGAUGGCAGCGGCGGUGGUGGUGACGAUGGUGGUGAUGAUGAUGAUGAGACGGACAGUAGCAAUGUCUCCACAGCUCUGAAGGUGCACUCUACUUUAGUACCCGCUGUUGGCCAGCCUGCCACCGCAGUGGAUGGCCAGCAAACAAGUCAAAUGACUUGUGCCGUCUACGCCACUACGCAGGUCCUGCUAGUGGGCAGCAGUACAGGCGUGCUUUCUGCUUGGGACACCGACAAGAACACGUGCUUUGCUCAAUGGCAAGCUGAUCAUUCCGAGCUGACUUAUCUCUUCUCCAAUGGCAGGCAUCUCAUUUCAUCGAGUGUGACUGGCCUGUUGAAGAAGUGGUCAAUUGAAGGCUUAGCAGAGUUGCUGGAAUCUUCAGCUGAUGGCAGUGCCCCUAGCUCAUGUCAAAUCAGUGUGGAUGAUGAACUAGCAGUCGACGGAGCUGUUGUUAGUGCUGUUUUCAAUGCUGACCUCUCACUGGGGUUGGUAGCAACAUCGUCUUCUACAGUAUGGUGUGUCAAUUGGACUGGAAUGUCAACUCUGAGACUGCUCAGUGGCCACUCAGAUCAGGUGACCAGUGUCGGCACUUGGCCCUCUUCUCAUUCCUGCUUUGCCACCUCGGCUAGUGAUGGCUGCCUGCGCGUGUGGAUGACAAAGGAAAGAGAGCUUCUCCUAAAACUGUACGGCGAUGAAGAAAAGGCCUGCACGUCACUGGCAUUCGGGCCAGAUCAUGCCAUGCCACAGAAACAGCAGCAUUCCAACAUAGCAAUUCUACCUACGACUACUAGCUCUACCGCCGAAGAACAGUCCAGAGACCGAUCAUCAGAACACAAGGGUCGCAGUGGCAAAAACAGUAACGGUGCUGAACAAGCCUCGAAUCUGCAACGUGAUCCGCUUGUUUCGACUCGUGAAGGCAGUGGCAACAACGAUUGUGAUCCAUCUUCAAUUGACUCUAUGCCACCGUGUGUAUGUGGAUAUGAGGAUGGCAGCCUGCGUCUGUUUGACUUGCAGCAACAGCACUUGCAGUUGAAAACAUCACCACACACGUCAUCAGUUUCCUGUGCCCGUAUGGCGGCUGAUGGUAGUGUGAUCAUCUCUGGAGAUGUGUCUGGUCAGCUGCUGAUCAGUAACUCGGUGACGGGAAUGACUGUCAGACGUUUGACACAGCAUGGCUCAGCACCGAUCAGUGAUGUUGAUGUGGCACCUGCCAACCUUGCUAUCACUGCAAUACCGCAUCGAACUGGCAAUGUUCCCUCAACCGCUGCUGCAGCUGCAGCUUCAGCACCACUGGCUGGACUGUGGCUUGCAGCCAGUGUCAAUGGCCGCAUCAGUGUAUGGUCAUGUGACUGGAAGAGAGACCGCUGUGAUCUCAUAGACUGGUUAACAUUCCCAACACCCACUGAGAAUCGCCUGUCUGGACGUUGGCCACAUCGAAUGUAUGACACGAGUGAAUACUGUAGCUUUCCACCGACACUGGCCCGAUUCAGCCCGACUGACGGAGGCCUCAUCAUUUACACCGGCUUCUCUCUGCAUAACACCCUCAACAUCUAUAGUUUGAACACCAAGCAGGUUGUCAAGGAAAUCUCACUCUCUACUUGGUCGUCUUGCAUGGCCGUCUCUAGCGAAACCGGAUGCUGUUUUCUCGGUUCCAGGGAGGGAGUGAUUCGAUGUGUUUCCCUCGCUACGGGUGCCUUUCAAGACACAGUCACUGGCUGCAGCGGUAUCACCUCUCUAAGCUUUGUGACACCAACGGACAGACAUCACAAUAUCGCUGUAGAGUCGAGCAUUCUACCGUCUGCCUCCGUUCCCCACCAUCGGCUGAUCAGUGCCUCGAGCUCAGGACUCUUCUUGUGGAGUGUAGCUUUACAGUCAGUCUGAGAUAAAACUGAUCUUGAGACUUUGAGAAGGGCCAGCCUGGUGCUGUGUUCAUAUUGCCAUCAAAAUUGCUAUCUCACUGCACGCCAGCAUUUUCAAUUUUAUCCUUUAGGCAGACAGAUUGAAUCAGCAUUAUAGUAUUAUUGUAUCAAAUUCAAUUAUUGGACAUGCAAGUACAAGUAGUAUUCAUUGUUUCUCUAUAUCUUUUAAAAUCCCAAUCUAUUUUCCAGGCUUGUGCACCGGUACUUGUCAGGAAUAACAACAGUGUAGUUACGUAGUAAUACAAAGUAUGUUUUCAAGCCUAAAAUACAGUAUUCAUACUACUGGCUAAUCUGUAUGUUUUUCUGGACUUGUGAACUAAUAGAGACACGCAAGCAGAUAGAGUGACAGCUGCUCUCUUCAUCACUUGCUGAAUGUAUUGCAUGUAAGGCAAACAAAAAUAA